GGCCUUUGCAUGCUCUCUCUAUCCCUUCUCCUUCUUCUUCUUCAUCUUGGAUAAGAUCUCAUCAUCUGAGGAAAAAUAUCAUAUUCCAAUCACUCAGAAAGACCCCACUUCAAGCUCAUCCAUCCCAAUAAAAAUCUAUCUUGCUUUAAACCCAAUCAAGAGACAACCCUUUGUUAUUUGUGAGAUUUGAGGAACUGGGUUGGUCUCACUUUUCUGGAUAAUGCAUAUCCCAGUUCUAUAGGUACCUCUCUUCUUUCUGAUUUGAUAUAUUGGGAUUUGCUUUUGCGUGGCCACAGAUUUUCUGUGCGGAAGGGAAUCAAUCAAAAGCUUUGUUUUGGUGGAUUGGAGUCUUUAUCAUAUGGGAUGUGAGAUAUUUGUGGCUGAUUAUAUUCCCUUUCAACAAUUUGAAGGAACUAAAAACCUUCAGGCCUUUAGCUUAAUUGCUCUGCACCUCUGCUGCUGCUAGCUUGUUUGCAGUAUACUGAUAGGAGUUCCAUGUGUGAGCACCACAUCACUUCAUGAACUCAGUUGAGGUGGAAGGAUUUUCAAAUUUCAUAGAGGAAAACUGAACAAUAGUGUAUCAUGGAAAAUUCUUAUGAGACUUCAAAUGGUCAUAGGGCGACUGGAAAUGGCCACAUGGUUGGGAGACAAUCCACCUACCAACCCAAGGUGUCACUACCUUGGCUUGAUGUAAGAGUUUUCUAUGUUAGGAUUAGCAAAUGUGAGAUUGAAGAUUCGACUCCAGAAUUCCUCACGGUAAAUCACAUUCCAUUGGAUGCGGAUACUUUUCUUGAAGUCAAUGGCGUCAGAACUAGCAUGUAUUCAGAUGGGGCAACAACUCUCCUUCGAAGAGAUCGGUUAGAUAAGAAGUCAGAAGAAGCUACAUUUGUCAGCACUGAUAGUAUAAGGAUGACUGGAAGUGUGAAGUUUGAGGUUCUUGACAAGGAUGUUAUCGUGCUAUCUGGGAUUUUGGAAUUGUGUAAUACUAAUGGUUCAAUUGGGGAAACAGAUCACCAUGGCCAACAAUGGAUCAUGAAUUGUGAAACAAAUAUAAUUGCAUGUACUGGCUUUUUCAAAACAAAGCAGUUUACAGGUUCAGAAUCUGCAACACCCGCGAUUGAAGUAUACAUCGCAGGGUCCUUCUUGGGAACUCCAAUAAUUUUAACAAAGACUUUACAGCUUAGUCCUUGGAAGAAGCAUAUGAGGAAAGGGUUAUUGGAUUCAAUACCAGAGUACGCGGCAACUGAAGAACAGAACAGUAAUCCUUCUAGGUUGUCUCUUCAGGAGCCAGAGUACUUGGACCUGAAACCAGAAUAUGGAGAAAACAACUUGUACUAUCCUGGGACAUAUUUAGAAGGUGAAGAUGGAGAGCUUUCAUGGUUUAAUGCUGGCGUGAGAGUCGGUGUAGGGAUUGGCUUGAGCAUAUGCGUUGGGGUUGGUAUCGGAGUAGGUUUGCUUGUUCGAACUUACCAAGGCACCACCCAAAGUUUUAGAAGGCGGCUACUGUAAUGCAUGUUUCCACUGAUUUUGGUAUAUUGUUCUAACCUGGAGAACUUCUGUCACUGUCCAUGGACAAACAACUAUGGUUUUUUUGACAUAUAAUAUAUAUACCAUUCUGGAUGAAGGCUUAUGUAAUUUAGAGUGAAGUGCAGCAUGGUUUUCCCGUCUGUCUUUGAAUUGAUACUAGUGCAAUAUGUUCCAUAGGUAUCUUCAUAAAAGCAUUAGAUUUUCCAGUCGCUCCUGAACUUGAUGUCAUUGGAGAUGAAGUCAGAAGUCAUUACUCAUUAGUGUGUUGAGAUCCUAGCUUCUCUGAUCGAUGCUAUAGUUAACAACUUAGCACUCUACUAGCCAUCGACUUGGAGGAUGCUAUGAUUGGAGUCUGGAGGUUCUUUUUAAGAACGAUGAUAAAUUAAAGCUGGUUGAAAUUUGGAUACAGUGAUUUCAAAACGAGGAUUUGUAUGUCCAACAAGAAUUAGUUUGUUACAAGGAAUUCGAGCAUCAAACAGAUUAACAGAAUGUAUGAGAUGUGACUGGGGCAAUCGAAUCUAGAGGUUGAACGUAAUCUGCGCAGAGAUGUGUGAAAUGGAUUUGAAUCAGUAUCUGCAGAAGAAUCAUAUAUACAAGUGUUAGGUAUACUCGCUGCUUCUGUGUGAGGUCGGAUAGACUCAUGAGCCUGGGCAGAAGCAGUAUAUGCAUAUUCCUGUGUAUCCUACGAUCGCUACAAAGGAAAGUGGAAGACAAAACACCAUUUGAGGCAUGGAGCGGCUGAAAACCAUAUCUCAACUUCAAGGUGUUUGUUUGUGAUAUGCUAUGCUUAUAUUCCAAAGGAAAUAAGCAAGAAAUUUGAUGAUUCAGGUGGGAAAUGUAUUUAUGUGCUUUAUAUUACAGCACUCAAAACUAAAGGUAAUGAUAUAUAUGAAUUCAAGG